AUGCUGUGCAAGAAUGCGUGUGCUUUCAACAGCAGCAAAGACGUGCACGGAGAAGACGAUGACGAAGUCUUCUCCGGCGUGUGCGACUUGCUCCGCAGGAGCGACCUGGCGCUGUGCUCCGACGCGGAGGUCUUCGAGAGCGUGGACCGCUUGAAGAACCGAGCCGACGACGGCUGUUCGAAGCAGGAGUUGGCGCGCUGGCAGCAGGCCAGCGGCUUCAAUUUGGAGCCGCAUGGCUUGCUUUUGGCGCAGAACCUGCGGAGCGUCUUGCGUCCCGUGUCGCAGUACUGCCAUGACUGGAUGCACGCCACGUGCGCAAACGGGACGCUCACGCUGGUGCUCUUUUUGGUCCUGCAGACCUUGCAGCAAGAGAAGGUGCCGGCGUGGCAAUGGCUGCGGACCGGUCCCAUGCAGCGAGGGCAGUGCGUGCCGGCUUGUGAAGCUUUUGUUCUCAUGGCCGACGUGGUGGACAUGCUGCAUGGUGCGCAGAGGACGCAACCCAUCCCGCGGGUGCAGUUGCUGCACACGGUGGAGAAGGCGCUUGCGGGCUGCGUGCGAGCCGGGUGGGAGCACAACAUGAUCAAGAAGUUUCAUUGGUUGCUGCACAUGCCGGACAGCAUGGAGCGCUUCGGGCACUUGCCGGCCUGUUGGACGCUGGAGCGCAAGCACCGCAUGGUCAGCCGCUAUGCUGCGACAGUGCGGAACACGCAGAAAUACGAGCAGUCCCUGCUGGAAGAGACAUUGGCGCACGACCUUGCCGUGUUGCGGGAGGAAGGCUUGUUUGCGCAGCACUGUGAUCUCUUGCAAGAGCACGACUGCUCCAGGAAGCUUCUGGAGCACUUGGCUGCUGAAGGCAUUCAGCGCGAGGGUGCUACCUGCAGCAGUCGCGCACGAUUGGCGAGUGGGCAGGUGGCUUGCCUGAGGGAUGUCGUUUUGAGCACAAGUGGUGCUGCUGGCCAGGUGCAUGCUUUUUGCAGACUUGGGGGGCAGCCUUUCUGCCUGUUGGAGCUGUACGAGCUGAAGGAGCACCAUGCUCAGCUUGAGAGUGCACAUUGGACCCCCACGGGCCAAGGUUUGCUGCAGCCAUUGAGCGAAAUCCGCUGUUGUGUCACCUACACUCGCAGAAAUGCGAUUGUGACUGCACUGAUUCCGCGAAGCUGA